GUUCAUUCACACACCAAGGAAGCGAAAGCGUCUUUCAACUUUUCAACCGCCCUGCUAUUUAUCGCUCCUAAACAAUAAUAUCAUAUCAUAUCAUAUCAGAUUUCGAUACACAUUUAAUCUUGCUGUAAUCAUCUCCGAUUUUCAUAUCGCUACAUUUUCCAUAUAAUUUGGAUUGCCAUAAUCGGAGAAUAUAUAUGGAGAAAGAGAUUCUGGAUUAUGUAUUGGUGCCGCUGGGGCUUGUAGUGAUGGUGUCGUACCACCUGUGGCUGCUCCGGCAGGUCCUCCGGCGGCCGUCGACCACCGUGAUCGGCAUCAACGCCGGCAGCCGGCGGCUGUGGGUCCGCGCCAUGAUGGGGGACACGGGCAAGAACGGGAUCCUGGCGGUGCAAACGCUGCGAAACAACAUCAUGGCAUCAACGGUGCUGGCGUCGACGGCGAUCAUGCUGAGCUCCAUCAUCGCCGUGUUAAUGUCGAGCGGCGGCGGGGACAGAUUCUCGAUAAAGUUCUUGUCAAUACUGAUGUGCUUCUUGGGUGCAUUCUUGCUGAAUGUGCAGUCGAUAAGGUACUACAGCCACGCAAGCAUGCUGAUAAACGUGCCGACAUCAAGGAGCGAGGAUUUUAAGGAUGCGGUGACGGCGGAUUAUGUGUGUAGGACGGUGAACCGGGGGAGCUAUUUUUGGUCGUUGGGGCUUCAUGCAUUCUACAUCUCCUUUCCACUCUUUUUGUGGAUCUUUGGACCCAUUCCUAUGUUUUUGUCGUCUCUUGUUUUGGUGUUCUUGCUCUAUUUCCUCGAUGUGGCUGCUGACGUGGCCACUGUGUUUACUUCUGCACCCCAAGACCAGUUGGAGUUAGUUUGAUUUUAGGGUUUUCUUAAUUCGUGGGUUUGAAUAACGGUGUAGUUUUUGAUGUGGUGAGUGAAGGAGGUUCGGUUAUAAAUUUUGAUGUGUUAUAAUGCCAAAAUGGGCUUCAUCGAUCCUAUGUAGAUAGAUACUUUCUUUCU